ACGUUGCGCAGUUCUAUCUUGAAUGCGGGUAGGGUAUGUUGUGCUCUUCUUGAAGUUUUGUUACGUGUUAAAGUACGUAAUUAUAUUAUUGUUAAGAAAGUGUUUUAAAUUAAAGUUUAAUAACAGAAAAGUUUUGAGAGUGUAAAUAGUACAAUAAUAACUUGCAGAUAAUACAAGUGAAAUUUUAAGAUAUAAAUGUUUAUGAGAUUAUUCAACAUGACUUUUACUGAAGUGAUAUUUUUGUGGUUAACAACAUUUCUCGUAUUUAAUCGUAUUGAGGCUACUAAAGAACACUGCAAUAAAGAAGAGGACUUACUGCAAAGGUGUUCCAUGGCGCUACCUGUGUUAAGUUCCCCAGAAAUAUCUUUUGCACUCACACGAGAAGAAUUGGAUAAAAGUUGUGUAGAACUCCGAGCUGGGAUCAAAUGCAUAGACAACUAUACAGAAGUAUGCAUGGAGAAGAGUAAACAAGUGAUGUUCAGGCGAAUAUACGCUGGUAUCACCGCAGUGGUACAAGAAUUAUGUACCCGUGGAAGCUACCAGGACGAGUACCUGAGGCAUGCCGAUUGCGUGAAGAAAGUCAGGCCCGAGUAUGAAACGUGUAGCAGAAACUAUGAAGGAACGCUCACAGCUCUGACGAAUCACCAGAAAAGUGAUCAGUAUGAAACAGAUGUUGAUAGUCAAGGAGAUUACUUGAGAACUGUCUGCUGCUCAUUCCAAGAAUACCUGCUGUGUUCAGAGAGAACGGUUCAGAGGUCGUGUGGUGAUGAAGCAGCCUUGUUCACGAGUGCAUUCCUUAAACGGAUGGCUUCUAAUAUUAUUAAGAAUUUUUGUUUAGAUUAUCGGGGGCAGGAAUGCGGCUUGGCAGACAAAGCAACGUCGAAUCAACUCAAUAUAAUCCUAAUCGCUGUUACUAUUUUAGCAACUAUACUUCCUCAUAUAUCGCUAGUUCCCGCGUAAUCCAAUCGACUACGUGUUAUAGUAGGAUCGAAUUUUUAAUUACACUUAUUUCAUAGUUGUAAUUAGUUUGGGAACUUUCUUGCGAUGCGACGAUGCAAUGUGCAGUGAGGUGUAAAUAAUUAAUGUAGGAAUUCACUCAGGUCAUAUAUUUUGCUCGACGGCUAGCAGUGGUUGUGUUGUUAUGUAUGUUGUAUGGAUGAUAUAGUUUAGUUAUGAUUAGCUCAUGUUACCUGCUAAUUUUAAGAUUAGUGCAUUGAGGUUUGUAUAGAUCAACUAUUUUUGUUUUUAUUUUUUUUAUAAUUUUUGUACGUCUCACUUUAUGUUCAUAGCUUGUUUAGAAUAAGUAUGUAAACUGUUAUUUAUUUUUUAUGUCAGGCAACUAUUUUUUUUUAUUUUUAACUGUUCUGGCAACCUACUUUUUUAUUACAAUAGAUUAAAAAAAAUAAUCUUAUAUCUUAAGAAUUAUUUUAUAUUUUAUAAAAUCCCAUUAUAAACAGUCUUGCGUGUAUAAAAUCAUUUUUUGCUAUAUGGUUUUAAUUCCACAGUAAGAAACUAAAAUGCGGCUAAUAUUUAUUUGUUAUAAUGUCUUAGUUGCUGUUAGCUUAAUAACUCAAGUGUUUAGAUUUAUUUUAUUAUUUUUAAAAUAACAUGGAGUCGUCGAAUAUUUUACGCCAAAGACUGCGAAUGGAAUUCGUGAAGGCAUUUAGAGAAGGUUUUAUUAUUCAUAAUGUUAUGUUCUUAAUAGUGUAACAUUUGAAUUCACUUUGCCAUGUAUCCUUUCAAAUAAUUGGAAUAUAAUCAUGUUAUAAACAUAUUAUGUAUUAAUCUUAGACAUUCGAAAUAUAGGAUAAUGCAUAGUUACCUACAAAAAGAUAAAAUGUUAAAUUACUUAUGUAACAACAUUCUGUAACAAUGUAAAGUCUGUAACAAUAAUAAUUCGAUAUGACAAUGUAUUUUCAACAAUAAUUGUUCAAUUACAUUGAAAUUAUUUCUUUAAAUUAUGUUUUAUUUUAUAAAAUUACACAUUUGUUGCUGUCCAUCAAAUAAAUAUCAAAGUAUAUUAUGUGAAUUAUAUUUGCAGCUAUCGUUGAAUUAAGAUGAAUUAUAAUAAAUAUUGUUAAACAAUUAUUAUUGCCUAUUUAACUA